CCCGAAGGCCUUAGUGUGCCGCGCAACUACCAUGAGACUGUACGCGCCCAUACUACUUGCGCUGCUCGCCGUCGGCGCGCACUCUGCGUCGCUCCCCGACGUGCAGUCGGAAAAGAAACUCGUCAUUGACGAUGGAAAACCACCCGCAGAAAACGUCUCCAGUGAGCCAGAACUCGUCGAGCCAGCUAACACGAUCAUCGACGUCGAGAACAAUCUGAAAAAUAAUGCGAAAGUGGAGGACAUCCCCGUCGCCGUCAUCGUUGAUGUACAGCCGGUAGUAAACAACGCGCCAACUGAAGAUGAACCUGAAGAAAUCGAGGUUAAGAGGCUGUUAGUAGACUUGAAGGAUCCUGGCCCACCGCAGCAUCAGGAACACGAAACCCAAAACCCUGAAUAUUAUGAAGACGCGCAACGUAUGGUAUCUUCAGUGAAAGAAGAAAUACAAGAGUCCAAAGUUGUAUUAAAAGAAGGCUUCCAGGACGUAACGAACGGAAUCCAAAAUUGGUACGCGAAUAAUGAACAGAUUAACAACAUCCAAAACAGUAUCAAUAAUUUACAGGAAAGUUUCUCGUCUCAACUACAAAAACUCAAUGACACGCUUCAACUCCUUUUGAAGCCAGAUUCCAAGCCACUUAGUCUGGAAGAGGAAAAGGCUGCUGAAAAGAAAAUCCAAAAUAUCGAAGCCGGACUCAACAAUUUGGAAAGCAAUUUUAAGGCCGGAGUCCAAAGUUUAUCCGAAGGUGUCCAGGUAGUUGCAACUCUGAAGGAAGAAGGGACGAAUGAAGCGGGCAACGCGGGUUCAUCCUCCACAGCCGCACCUGCUCAACCAACAAACAUAUUACAACUACUAGGUCAAUUAGUGACUAACAUGCAAAGUUCGAUGACUACCAGCUUGAACAACAUGAGCACAGCAGUUAACAAUUUUGUCGUUGACUAUCGACCGAACUUUACUCUCCCAAGCCUGCCAAAUCUAUUCCCACAGAAUGCAGCGACUCCUCUAGCAGACACACCUGUCGGUUCUGCAACGACAGCGCGUCCAUCAGCAUGGCAAAACAUCCAGACAUCUUUCAACAACUUGUUCAACCCGAACCAAACACCACAGAAUGUGCAAAAUGACUCUCCCACACAAGCUCCCACCGGUCCAUUCGGGAUUCCACCUUUCCCUAUUAUCACAAGCAUUGUGAACUUGAUUCAAAGGCCGGGCGCUCAGUCCACCCAAAAGCCAGCAGAAGCGCCGCAAGCAAACCCUGCACCUCAAGGCAGCAACGUGGUUCCAGGGCCUGUAAAGCCAGAAGAAAUCGCAGUCAAGCCCGAGCCUAGUUCUAAUCCAACUAAAAAGCUUCUGGAAAACAGCCCCUUGUUGAUAAACAAAAGGACGUUGAGACAGCGGUUGUAGAAGCCGUGAGGUCGGAAGAGGAUAAACCUGAAGAGGUCAAAGCUGAAGAGAUCAAACCUGAAGAUGUUAAGGUGGAAGAGAUCAAACCUGAAGAUGUUAAGGUGGAAGAGGUAAAAUUGGAAGCAGUUAAACCCCAAGAAGUAAAACCCGAACUUGAACAAAAUUAUGACGAAAAAGAUGAAGCUGGACAAGAAAAAGGUGGUUUCCAUCAAAGACCAAAUCAAGGCAACAACAACAACAACAACUCUGCACAAUGGCUUACAUUUGUGACAACAUUGGUCGGCACAAUAGGAACAACGGUUAACACGAGCAUUACCACCGCGUCCACUGCUGUGAAUAGCGCCAUAAACACACUUGGCACCAACCUUCAGGGGAUAGUAACAACAGCGACAGCCGGCUAGACACGCCCUUAGAAUUAAAAAAGGACUCAGAAAUGAAGGAAGAAGUUAAAGAAUCUGAACAAGUUUCCGAGAAGACUGAAUGAGUCGGUAGUGUGAUAUGACAAUUAGAUAAUUAUAAUUUUAAGUUUCUAUGUAAAUAAGCGAACGUGAUGAAAUAAAACGAUAAAAUAAAAUAUUUUUUAUAA